CAGCUGUUCUCUGGUCAGUGCUGUAAAACGCUGACGGGCCCGCGAGCUGGCAACCCUGGCCAGCAGCUGUCACUUGCAACAAAAACAACAGGGGCAGGAAGAAGAAGAGCUUUGACAGCUGCACCGCAACCGAAAUCGAAGAAAAACAUUUUACGAUGGGCAACGCGCUGCAGCACUACCUGAAACCGGACGUGAUGCCCGGCCCGGAUGUGGUGACCACCUUUGACCCAAUGCUGGGCUUCAAGUCGCGCAAGGAGCGUGUGAUGAUCGCCACCCAGGAGGAGAUGGAGUCCGCCAAGCUGCCGCUGGACGCCCGCGACUACUGCGCCCACCUGGCCAUCGCCUACCAGGCCUGCCGCACGGACACCUUCCCGUUUGUGUACAAGUGCGCCCACCAGAAGCACGAGUACCUCACCUGCGAGUACGAGGACUACGUCCUCCGCAUGAAGGAGUUCGAGCGGGAGCGCCGGCUGCUGGAGCGCCAGAAGCGCCUCAACAAGGCCGCCUAGGCUAAGCUAGAUACACCCUCGCACUCCCCUUUAAAAGAAAACCCUUCUACACUACACCAGGAGACGCCUCUGGCCGCGGAUCCACUGCCAUUGCCCCAUGUUGCAAGCUAGUUUCCAGCGGAAAUGUCAAUAAACAACUCCAUGCUAGUAAUAAUGCGGAUCUGCUAA